AUGGGCAUUUUUCAGAACGGGCUAGAAUAUGAGAGACGCAAGAUAACCGACUUUGCCCCUCCCAAGGUGACUCUGGCGGAAAUCCACGCCGCGGUACCCAAGCAUCUCUUCCAGAAAUCAACUCGCAAGGCCUUGGUGUAUGUCGCCAGAGACGUUUUCUUUGCGGCGCUCUUUUACUAUGCCGCGACUUACAUCGAUCCCGCAUGCCGGGCCUUGGAUACGCGGUACGAAGGCCAUCAUCGUGCGUUCGUGCUGCUCCGAUGGACACUGUGGAGCGUCUACUGGUUCUGGCAGGGAGUAGCCUUCGCGGGAUGGUGGUGUCUAGGUCAUGAAGCUGGACAUGGUACUAUGUCCCCGCACUCUUGGGUUAACCAUCUUCUUGGCUUCACGCUACACACGGCAAUCCUUGUCCCUUACUAUUCAUGGCGAUCGACGCAUCAUGCUCAUCACAAAGCCACAGGGUCGAUGGAGCGUGACGAGAACUGGGUACCUCGCACCAGGACAGACUACCAGCUGCCACCCGAGGGCACUGCGCAUGUUCUGGACUACCAUGACAUUUUCGAAGAGACCCCGAUUUAUACACUCGUCCGCAUCGUUUUCCAGCAGAUACUCGGAUGGCACGCGUACCUGACUUACAAUGCUCUGGGUAACAAGAUGUUAUAUCCAGAAGGUUUCCAGACAAAUCAUUUCAUCCCGUCUUCGCCUCUCUUCAAAUCCCAUGAGCGUCGGGAUGUCAUCAUCUCCGAUAUCGGCCUUCUUGCUAUGAUAGGCAUUCUGUACUACUACGGCACACAGGUAGGACUCGUGAACUUCAUCAAGUUUUACUUCAUUCCGUAUCUGCUCGCGAAUCAUUGGAUCGUCAUGUUAACUUUUCUGCACCAUUCGGACCCUACAAUUCCUCAUUAUCGCGGAAAGGAGUGGUCCUUCCUCCGAGGUGCAGUCGCAACUGUCGACAGGCCGCUCCUAGGCUGGAUCGGUCGAUUCUUCUUGCACAAUGUGUCACACGAUCACGUCGCACAUCAUUUCUUCUCCAUUAUCCCUUUCUAUAAUCAGCCAGAAGUGACUGAGCGCAUCAAGGAAGUGCUCAAGGAUGAUUACAACUAUGAUUCCACUAACACUUUCUAUGCCUUGUAUCGCUCGUUCAGCGAGUGCUGCUUCAUCGAGGACGAGGGUGAAAUUGUUUUCUACAAGAACAAGGACGGCGUCGCGCAGCGACACCUGGCCAACAACGCCAUAGGAAGCGACUCUGGCUACAGCAGCUCCGAGAACGAAGGGAGUGACAAGAAGAAGGAUUGA